AUGGCCAUCGAGCAGAUAGAGAAGCCGCAGCCGCAGCAGAAGCAGGGCCAGGGCGAUGAAGACGACGACUCAAAGCUGUACGAGUUCAAGGAGCAGCUCCUGCUGCUGUCGACAUUGGUGGCGACGGUGACGUACGUCGCCGGGCUGAACCUGCCCGGGGGAUCCUGGGAGCAGGAUGACCCGGAAGGGCACAUGGCCGGCGAUCCGAUCCUACUGGCUACCCACUACCGCCGGUACCUUGCCUUCUACUACUGCAACGCCACAGCACUCGCCGCGUCGCUCGUGGUCUCCCUCAUCCUUGUCAUCCUGCCGAAGAAUAGCACACCCUGGACCGUGGUGCUGCAGAUGGUCAUGGUGCUCGACCUACUAGGCCUCAUGGGCGCCUACGGUGCCGGGAGCUGCCGGGAUGCAUUUACAACCAUCUACGCAGUGGCCGCCUUCUCCUUUUCGGUAUUGGUCAUCAUCUCUGUUUUCCUUUCCUUAUUGGCCAAGGCCAAUAGGGAUCGUGCCGUCGGCUCCGACACCAUACCAAUCACCAUCAGUGGUGAUGAUAAGGAUGUCAACUUGGGCUCCAAUUCCAUCACCACCAAUGGUGAUGGUAAUAAGGUUCAGUCGUCCAAGCCCCGCCGUAACUUCAUGAAGCGAGCCAGGGAGAUCUAUGCGGGGGUGGUAAUCCGAAAGGAGGGCAAGAACCGAGGUGAGAAAGAGAUGGUUGAUGUGUUGAUGUUACUAGCAACAUUUGCAGUCACAAUCACAUAUGUCGCCGGGCUGAGCCCGCCUGGUGGGUUCUGGACCAGCACCCAGGACGGCCAUCGUUUGAGCGACCCGGUGUUACAAGCCCGUAACCGGUACCGUGUCUUCUUCAUUUGCAACACCACUUCAUUCACCGUGUCCCUGCUCAUCAUUGUGUUGCUCCUGGAGAAGAAGCUGCUCGGGUGGAAGAAGUUGAGGCUUGUGGCACUCUGCGGGUUGAUCGUCGUCGCCCUGCUGGGCCUCAUGGGGGCCUAUGCUGCUGGGAGCUGCAGAGAGGCUGGCAAAACUAUCUUGGUCCUUACUGUUCCUGUCAGCGUAUGCCUCCUGCUGGCGCUUGUUUUCAUUUGGGGAUCACUGGCGGACCGGCUUGAUUCUGUCAUAACAUGGUUCAGGGAACUGGUCAAUAUUAAGAUUCCUUCAGGUACAUGUAGAGGCACGAAUGUUGUCCUACACGAACAGAACACUCGCGAUCUUGUUAUGCUCCUCGCUACUCUUGUGGUGACCAUCACUUACCAAGCAGGACUAGAUCCACCCGGCGGCCUUUGGCCAGAUGACCGAGAUGGUCAUAAUAUUGGUCACCCGGUGCUCCAAACGACACAUCCUACUAGGUACAGAGUUUUCUUCUAUAGCAACUCCGCAGCUUUCGUCACAUCCUUGGUCGUCAUCAUGAUGCUCCAGAGCAAGUUUCUGCUCAACCGGCACACACUAGAAGCAACCCUGGUGCUCGACCUAUUCGGCCUCAUCACUGCCUAUGGCGCCGGGAGCACUAGGGAGGUAACCCAAUCCAUCUACAUCGUCGCCUUGGCAGGAAUUGUCCUAGUCUAUGUCAUCGUCCAUAUCACCAUUAGAGAUCAUGACCCUGAGCCAGUGGGUGAUGAUGCAGUAAAGCAUCUCGAUGACAAGCGCAAGGUACUGUUGCUGGUCGCUGUCUUGGCUGCCACCCUCACAUACCAAGCUGGCCUCACCCCGCCAGGUGGCUUCUGGUUAGCAGAUGACCGAGAGCUCGGUCGUCGUGCGGGCUUCCCAAUCCUCCUUGACAAUUACACUCGCCGUUACAACACAUUCUUCUACUGCAAUGCAGCAAGCUUCAUGGCCUCCGUAACCCUCAUCCUUCUUCUUGUCAAUCCAAAGUUAUACAGGCCAGGCAUACGCUGCCGUGCGCUCUAUGUGUGCAUGCUGGUGGGCAUGUUUGGCCUCAUGGGUGCCUACGCUGCUGGAAGCUCCCGGAAUCUCAAGACCUCCGUCUAUGUAUUGACACUCGUUGGUGCAGUGCUAGCCUUCAUAGCCUCACUACUAGCCAUUUUCUGGUUGCUGCCUUAUCUCAAAUCCCAAGAAGGUAGAGUUUUCUGCUUCGACCCUUUUGGCAAAUCUCAAAAAGGUACAGAUGGGCAAGUUGUAGCUGGUCAUAGCUGCAGAAAAUCCCAUGAAGGUACAGAAGGGCAAGUUGAAGCAGGUCAUAGCAGCAGCAAAUUCCAUGAAGGUACAGAUGAGCAACUUGAAGCAGGUCAUAGCAGCAGAAAAUCCCAUGAAGGUACAGAUGGGCAAGUUGAAGCAGGUCAUAGCAGCAGCAAAUCCCAUGAAGGUACUGAUGAGCAACUUGAGGCAGGUCAUAGCAGCAGCAAAUCCCAUGAAGGUACAGAUGGGCGAAUUGAAGCAGGUCAUAGCAGCGGCAACAAAAUUAGCAGCAAGAAAGAAAAACUUCAAUACUUGAUGCUGCUAGGGAUCCUGGCUGCAAGUAUGACAUACCAGACUGGCCUAAAACCACCGGGUGGCCUGUGGCAGGACAACAAUGAUGGGCACUAUGCUGGCAACCCCAUUCUCCACGACAUCAACAAGGACCGGUACAAUGCUUUCUUCUACAGCAACUCCGCCUCCUUCAUGGCCUCAAUUGUGGCCGUCGUCAUGCUGCUUCCAUUGACAUUGUUCCCCGAGAAAUACACAACAAAGUCAUUCAAGAAAGACACAAAGUCACCCGGCGAGGACACAAAGUCGCUCGACAAAAUCAUGAAGCCGGCCGAGAAAGACCCGAAGCUGACCGAGAAAGACAAGGAGUCGCCCAAGAAAGACACAUGGCCACUCUGGCCGAUGCAUAUGGCCAUUUUGCUGGACAUGAUGGGCCUCCUGGUGGCAUACGCAGCAGGCAGUACUAGGAAAUGGGAAACAUCCAGGAACGUCAUGGUCCUCAUCGUUCCUGUGUUGGCCUACAUUGGGCUCUACGCAGCACUGUCAGUCUUCUGCCAUAGAGAGAAAAAGACCAAAGUGGCAACAGCCCCCCAAGUUAGGCUCAACUGCAGGUGUGUGGGAGGAACUGCAGGUGUGUAA